AUGAGACAAGAUAUCGAGAAACUCGCCAAUGCUAGCACCAGUAGUGGGAGUGGGAGGAACAGCGUGGGUGACAGCAGGGGUGAUGACUGGAGUAACAGUGGAAGUGAUGGUGGGAGUGAUGGCAGGAGUGACAGCGGGAGCGGGGGUGGUAUUAGACUACCCAAUGAAUUGAAAUCUGAUCCCUUACUUUUGCAUGGGAGACAUUUUGGCCGCACAGUUUUUGCUCUCUGCAACUACCCUUCCCUUCUAACUAACGGUAUAUUACAACUGGAACAACUGGAGGAAGCGUCCAUUGAAGAUUUUCCUGCUGAAGAGCGGCGAGAGCAUUUUGUAUUUGAAAAGCUCUUGGACUCAUACCCUGGGCUUCUAGAGCGACUGCGAGAAGGCUCAGAGGAAGAAGUCCUUCAUGUCGGAGAACUAAUCGGUAAGGGGGCAUCUGCUGCUCGAGGUGAAGAUACAAAGUCAUUGAAGCCUGUGGUGAUCGAUUGGAUAGUACCUGUGGGAGAAUUGCAAAGCGGUGAAAUUGCUGUCAGCGGAGACCAAUGGCCUCGUUUUUUGUACACCAAUGAGGCCUAUGAUCCAGAUGAUCCUUGGAAUGGCCUUCUUAUCAAUGCAUACAGGCAUGUAUUUACAUCACCAAGCUCAGUGGAAAGAGAGCCCAAGGCUACACGUGCUGGCAAUUCUCGCCUUCAUGGUAUGACUUCUGUCACUGCUCCUUCUGUCGCAUAUAUCGCAAUGCAGGUUCAAUUCGCACUCAGUUCAUCAUCGGUAUUUUCUUGCACAGAUACAGUAACUGAUUCAGAGACUUUCUAUCACUCUAUUCUUGACCUUUUUGAAGAUCCAGAUGAAAGAGGUGAAGUCACAGAUUUCCUGGUAUGGUGGAAUCGUCAGAUAUUUCCUACUUCAACCGCAGCUAAGCGAACUCUCAAAGCUAAUAGUGCUCUCUCCAAGAUUUGCCAAAAGCGUGCAGCUCUCAAAGAUUCAAAUGAUAGUACUUCGUAG